AUGAGAUCUCUUCCGGCUUGGGCAUCUGCGUGCACUCGUGCAGGACAAUAUCGAGGCCCAGCGAGGGCCUACAGUUCCCAACCACGGCAUGACUUUUCAGCCAAAAAGGAUCCUGGCGAUCCGCUACGUAUCCUCUUCUGCGGUUCCGAUGCUUUCAGCACCGCUUCUUUAAGGGCCCUGCACGCGUACUCACAGUCAUCGGAGAGCAACAUACUCUCCAUCGAUGUCGUGACCAAGACAGAUAAGCGGACUGGCCGCGGCCUGAAAAUCGUCAAGCCGCCGGCUAUCAAACCCGUCGCGCUGGACUUAGCUCUGCCACUGCAUCAGAUCGAUACAUUUACAGGAUGGAACCCUCCCAAGUACCUCACAGGUGGCGUGCCAUCCAUCAACUUGGUGAUAGCUGUCUCAUUUGGACUGUUGAUCCCGCCGAGAAUCCUGAACAACGCAAAGUAUUCAGGUCUCAAUGUCCACCCUUCAAUGCUUCCCGACCUGCGUGGAGCUGCCCCUAUCCAAUGGACCAUCGUUCAUGGCCGCAGAACGACUGGAGUGUCGCUGCAGACUCUACAUCCUAGAAAAUUCGACGAAGGGGUCGUGCUAGAUCAAACCCCCUCGCCGGGCUUGAGCAUCCCCAAUCCAGACACCAUCAAUGUCACAGAACUGACGCAUCUACUCGCGCCAGUCGGAGCGAAAAUGCUGGUCGAAGCUCUCCGUAAUCGACUCUACAUUCCUCCUUACACCUCUGUUCAGGCGCACAGUGAACCCCCAAUGCAUGUUUCGUAUGCUCCCAAGAUCACGCCGCACAUGUGCGCCAUCGAUUUCAACGCGCUCACCGCAACAGAAAUCCUUAGACGCGGAAGGGCAUUCAAACCAUUGUAUGCUCUGGCAAAGCGUCCGUCAGAGCCCGGCCGCUUGUCCAGAAUCAAGUUCGGACCAGAUAUGAGAGCUUCUCGCGUGGAAGAUAUCCCGGAAGUGAUGAAGGCGGAAAUUGAGUCUAUUCCUAAUGGUCUUCCAUAUGCAAUCAUUGACAUACAUGAGACUGUGGAUCAAAGCUCCAGGCCUCUGGUGGUCAAUGCCCUCUCAACGGAGAAGAAGCUGGAUCGCCGUGUGGUGCUCCCAACAAUCACAGUUUCUUCAAUGAAGACGGGUUACGGAGCUGCUGCUGCUGCUCGUGCCGGGUUCUUCACGGAGCCAGUCACAGUCGAGAGAUACAAGUUGUACCGGUUCUCCGAACCACUAUCUAUACCAACAGUUUCAGGCGACCAUAAAGCCUGA